AUGCAAAAGGGCUCCACGCGGAGCUCGAGAGCCUCGAUGGCCUCGUCGUCGACAAGUGCACGAACCGGCGUGCCGGCGCGACCAGGCGUGAGGCAGACGACAACCCGCGCAUCGUCCCUCAGGCCUCCGUCACAUCAUGCCAUCCUAGCAGCCAAAAUCGACCGAGCAGCGGCGCCCUCCCCAGCCGAGUCUCUUGCUUCUACCGCCACUGCCGGCCUCAAGCGCAAAGAACGCGAAUUCGAUAUAAGCGCUAUCGGCGAAGAGACAAAUAUCAAUGUCGUUGUGCGAUGCCGGGGUCGCAACGACCGUGAAGUCAAGGAGAACGGCGCCGUCGUUGUACAGACUGAAGGUGCCAAGGGCAAGUUGGUCGAGCUCUCCAUGGGCCCAAACGCUCUCACCAAUAAGACAUAUAAUUUCGACCGCGUCUUCUCCCAGGCCGCCGAUCAGAGCAUGCUCUACGAAGAUGUGGUCAAGCCAAUUCUUGAAGAGAUGUUGAGUGGAAUGAAUUGCACAAUAUUCGCAUAUGGCCAGACUGGAACCGGAAAGACGUACACCAUGUCUGGAGAUAUGAACGACACGUUUGGCAUCCUAUCCGAUAAUGCUGGUAUCAUCCCUCGAGUCCUCCAUUCUUUGUUUAAGAAGCUUGAGGGGGAAGGAAUUGAAAGUUCCGUCAAGUGUUCUUUCAUUGAACUCUACAAUGAGGAGCUCCGCGAUCUCAUUGCUCGGGAAGAAAAUACCAAACUCAAGAUUUUCGACGACACGUCACGGAAGGGCCACGCCGGCACAAUCGUGCAGGGAAUGGAAGAGACUCAUAUCAUGACGGCCGCGCAGGGUGUCAAGCUUCUUCAGGAUGGAAGCUUGAAACGCCAGGUUGCCGCCACCAAAUGUAACGAUCUCAGCAGUCGAAGUCACACCGUCUUUACCAUCACCACUUACGUCAAAAAGAAGGGCGAGGAUGGGGAGGACUACAUUAGCUCUGGAAAGCUCAACUUGGUCGAUCUUGCCGGCAGCGAGAAUAUUCAAAGAUCUGGUGCCGAGAACAAGCGAGCCGCCGAGGCAGGUCUUAUCAACAAGAGCUUGCUAACUCUUGGCCGUGUCAUCAAUGCCCUCGUCGACCGCAACGCGCAUAUUCCCUACAGAGAGUCCAAACUCACCCGACUUCUUCAGGACUCUCUGGGAGGCCGGACAAAGACUUGUAUCAUUGCGACAAUUUCUCCAGCGAGGAGCAAUCUCGAAGAGACUAUCUCCACAUUGGAUUAUGCUUUCCGUGCCAAGAAUAUCCGCAACAAGCCGCAAUUCAACGCCCUCAUCAACAAGAAGACAUUGCUAAAGGAGUUUACGUACGAAAUUGAGCGACUGAAGAGCGAGCUAAUUGCAACAAGAACAAGAAACGGCGUUUAUUUGUCCAAUGAAAGCUAUGAAGAGAUGACCGUGGAGAGCGAAUCAAGGAGGAUACAAACCGAGGAGCAAGCGGCCAAGAUUGGCACUCUGGAGUCGAAUCUAAAAAACAAGGUCCAGGAGCUCUUUUCUCUGACAUCCAAUUUCAUGGGCCUGAAGAAAGACCACGAGGACACCAGGCUGCAGCUGGAUGACACAAAGGGUGUGCUCAACCAGACUGAGGUGGUACUGGCAGCAACGCGAAAAUCACUCGCUGAAGAGACGCAUAUCCGCAAGGCUCACGAGAAGACAGAGCAAGAAAUGCAUAUUAUUGGCGAUCAGUUAAUUUCGACACUUCAGGAGACGGUUAGCCAUGUCGGUGGUUUACGGGCGAAGAACAAGCGGAAAUCCGACCUCCAGUCCCUGAACCGUGGCACCUGGGAAGUUGCCCAAGACCAGGUCGCCGAUGUCACUUCUUUAGUGGAGAAUCGUGUCCAAGAGUUCCAAGGCGAGCAAGAAGAACAUAUUGCCAAUAUUUCUCAAAGAAUGGAAUAUUUUGUGCAGGGCGAGGUCCAAAAGCUCUCAUCGACUCAGGCGUUCCUCAACGCAAAUCUGGAGCAAUUCCUUCAGUCUAGAGACAGCCUCGUGUCUCAAAAGGAGGAAUCCAAGAAGGAAAUGGACGAGGUCCUAGAGGAGAUCAAGGAGGUUCGAGACAAUAUCAAGGAGAGGGUUGGCGAGAGCCUCCAGAGCAUCGCUGCAGCCGCCGAGAAGAUUGCUCAGGACGUCCUCAGUGAACUUGGUACAUUCCACAACCAACUCCAUGCUUCGUACUCCUCACUGGGCAAGGACUUCAAAACGAUUUUCGAAGCACUCAUGAGACACAUCACUAGCCAGAGGGAAGAAUCCGACAGCCUGAGAGAACAGCUUAAGGAUGCUGGAGACAUAAUUUUGCGCUCGAACGAGGGCAUUGCGGCCAAGAUUCAACAAGUCAUUGAACAGGAGCGAAGGCAAGCUGCUGAGGAGCGAAAGAAUCUUCUAUUGCAGAUCACGAGCCUAAUCAGUUCCCAAGCUGAGUUGCAGGAGUCUCGUCUGGCCGACAAGGCUGCAGACAUUCAGCGGAGCGUCCGGGAGACAAAUACAGAGUUCGAGGGCAGCAUGGCCGUAUACUCUCAAGCGAUGGAUGAAUGGGGCGGUAGAGAGUCCCAGCUGAUGAGUGAUGUUUCAAAGUCACGAGAAACUUUGAAGACAAAGCUCAAGGACGAUUGGAAUACGGCAAACGAGCAUAGCACAUCCAUACAAGGCACCACGAAAUCAGUGCACGCCGAGACAGUACGGGUAGUCGACGAGCAAAUGAGGGACUUGGACGAGCAGAUGACUGCGCUCGAUGACUUCGUGACGCGCGCUAGAUCACAGAAUGCCGCUCAUCAUGAUGAGCACGUCGCGUCGUUCACAAAGCUCUCGGGGACUGUGGAAGGCUCGUAUGGCAACAUUCGAUCGCACUUUAAGGACACAUGUUCGCGUGUUGAGGAUCUCGCUGCAGACAUGGAAGCGACAAUCGAUACAGCCAUGGAUGCCCUGGAACCGCUGGAUGAAAAUAUGUGCAGACCAUUAGCAACUCUUCGUGAAGAGAUUUCUGCAACGAAGCUGCAAGAGUAUCAACCGACGGGCAGUACGCCGCAGAAGAUGGUUUACGAGUACCCAACCAGCCUUCCGCACACCAAAUCGCACUCGGCACUCAUCAAUGAAUUACACGGCGGCUCAUCGCCGAGCAAGUCGUCCGUAGCUAGCAGCGGGGGCGUUUUUGCUGAUGCAGACAUGACCAUCACGGAGGAUCGCUCGCCAUUACGCCCAGGCUCGUCGGAAUCGUCUGCCUCGCGGCAACCACUCUCCAUGAGCCUUCGCGAAGUUCAUCCAAACGUGAAUGGAGCAUCGACCUUUGGAUUUGAACAAGCAAGCCCAGUUAAUGCAACCCAGACAUUCAGCGCAAGUAUCGGACCAGGAAUCAUCAGUAACACACCUUCAGAUCAUGACAGUACACCGCCGCUGUAUAAGAAGAGCAAGAUCAUGCGGACGGCCAAUCUCGGCAAAAGGACGGGCGCGGUGUUACCAGCUGAGGGCCGCGAAAAUAUGCCCCCAGUGGAUGGUGCCGGAGAAAUCUUUGCUCAGAGUAGCUCGAGGAGAAAGAGCCCCCGGCUUGCACGCUAA